AAAGUCCAUUCUUUAUAGAGUAAACGAUUUUGUAAUCUUUCGGUGUUCUAUUUUUGAAUGGAGCUAAGCAAAACUUUGCCAUUUCUUUCUGGACAGUAUAAAAGAUAACACUCGGUAUCAAAACUUUUGACAGAUACUGUACGUUAUGAAGUUCUCCAUUUUAAUUUUAGCAAUAAUCGUCGUCUCCGUUCUGGCCGACAGAAGGGACAAGGAAAAACGAGGGGGAAGAAGAGGAAUUCCACAGGGAAGAAGCGAUUCCAAGGAAAUUGAAACCGAAAGAAGGGGCUCCGGUAUACCCAUUGGAGGUAGACACGACACCGGAAGAAGAGAAUUUGGAGAAAUCAGAAGCGGAAAUGCCGGAAGAUUAGGAAAGGGAAGAGGCAACAAAGACAAAGUCGAAGAUGGAAUUAGUAAAGCGGGAGGAGAUGACGUCGAAGUGCGACCCGAAACUAAACGCUUCGGAAGUGGAUUCACGGGAUAAAUUGUUAGAAGUUAAGUUUAAAAGCUUCGUUUAUAUUUCGGCAUUUUAUUAAAUGUUAUAAUUUCAUCAGAAAUAAAACUUGUUUAACGUUCAAA